AUGCGAACGACAGUAAUAACAUCCAUCUCAGGGAAGGUUGACGAAAAAGCAACUCAAUUACAUGCUAUCGCGUCGCUCAAAGUAUUGCUGGACGCGACUGCCCCGCACAAAGGAGCUGCAACUGCAUCGUCAGCCUACCACCUCAAGGAGACUGCUCUCGUCAAUAGGCCACUAUCUGAACCUAAUGGUAUAGCCAUUCAGACCUCAUCUUGGCCCGAACUUGAAAGGUGGACUGGUGGUGGGAGAUGGGCGAAGCUAAUAGCUGGAGAUGGAGGCUCUCCUAUAAUCCUAUCUAGAUCCUUACCUAUUUUUACCUGA